AAGCCGUCUAUACCCGCGGAUUGAGCGAGUUCCAUCUCUUUCACCCACUGAUCUGUUGAAUUGAAGUCAUAUGCAUUGCCAACCUGUACAUCAUGCCAUUAGUCAACUCACUGGUAUUUAAGUUCAGCAAGCGAUAGUGUACCAUGAAAUGUGCAAACACCAUCUUCGCCCUCCCCGUCUUCACACUCGUGGUCGUCGAGUUAUACCCAAUCACCGUAACCCCAGUAUUCCCCGCUAUCUUCGUAGCCCUUCGAUCGAUCUGCAUCGACGCCGCAACAUCCUCCAGCUCUCCCAGCGGAUGCGCUUCAGCCGUGGCCUUCGUGAGACUACACCCCAUAAUCCCAACGAGGAAUGCAGUGAGCAACGCAAAUCGUCUAUAGUUCAUAAUGUCUUAAGUAAAAAGAUCGAAAAGGUAAAGACCGUACGCUCCCACAGCAAGGGGGGGGGGAAAUGUUGUGCUUACCUGCACCAUUCGCUACCGAAGUCUUAUACCCGCAGACAAAGCAACUCGCGUGUCGAGUAUCACUCACUCCGUACCCGCUCCUGUCACCGCUUGACCAGGCCUAAACCUGGAGGAGGAGCUUGUUGGAGGAGGAGUUCCGUUUCCGGAUCAAACAGACAAACGAGCAUGGGUAUAUGUUCUGGUGGAGAUACGUACAAGGGUUCGUGUGCUGCAGCUGAAGCAGGAGGCGUUUUUGGGUGCGGGCUAUGGCGAGACACGCAAAGGACUUGGGGAUUGGAACAGCAUCGGGCAGGUAUCUCAACGCUGCUCUGAGACUUUGAGUUUGCGAGUAAGCAUCCGGUCCCCGAGCGUGCCUGUUGUAAUCAUCAGGACUUGCCCCAGACUUCCCCGCAACUGCAACCAGCACAUGACAAGACGGACUACUCCAAGGAUUGAGUAAAG